GUCGAUACUUGUUUGGGGACUUACAAAAUUUUCAAACUUCCAACCUUCACGAUCCUGCCAUCUCACUCCAGCAAAAGCCUUCGCCUCAGUGUCCCCAUCUCCUCAGUCAUGUCUACAACAGAUAUCCCUCGUCGUACCCGUCCAUCAAACGCAACUGCCCGGCCUGGUCAGAUUGUGCUUAAUGCACAAGUCAAGAGACGUACCAAGGCACAAAAGAAUGCGGAUGACCUUGCCGCCAAGGAAGCAAAAGAAUUGAAGGAGGCACAGGUCGAAGAAGGACUGAAGCGCCUGGCUGGUAUGCAAAAUGAGAUGGAGAAAGCACAGGAGGAAUUACUUACAAUGAAAGUGAUUCCCAUUCAGCCUAAGCCCAGGGCUCGUAAGGCAAUGAAGCCUGCAGUAAGGACUAAGACUGUUGAGCAGAUGGAUGAUGGAAAUGCAAGAGUGACGAAGAAGACGGUAACGAAGAAAGGUGGAAAGACACUGGUAAAGGAUGCCAUCAGCAACUUGAUGCAAAAAAAGAUCAAUGAACCAUCGUCAAAAGGGGAAGGUGAUAUCACUGAUGGCAUGGCAUGUGUAUCUGAUGGGAAAGACUCAGCGUCUCUCAAUGCAACCAGUCAGAAAUUUGUGUUGGGUGGCCGGGUCACCAACUGGGUGUCCGAUAUCAAGCUGCAGGGAAAACCAGAACAUCCAAAACUGGCACCCGCAUCAAGUGUUACUCGAGCGCCUCCAACUUCGAUUUUCACACAAGGCACUGCUUCUAUGGUAGCAACUUCUGAUGCGCAAGUCCCAACUCAGAAGCCUGCAGUUCCUGCUGAAAUUCUAGGCGCAGAUGAUGCCCUGGAGCAUGAGGCUGCUAUUGUGCAAGGCAAGGGAAAAUUGAAGGUAGCCUCAAUAUUUGAAGAUAUCUCGGACUUUGAGGCAAAGGCAACUUCCACGCAAGUACUAUCAAGAGCACAUGACUCGGAUGGCAAUUCAGUGGCCUCAUCCGCCGAGCAGGAACAGUACUCACUGGAGCCCAAACCUCCAUUCACACAGGUUGACCCUCCCCGGACCCUCAAGCAGAAAACUGUGCUUGAUGACACUUUAGAUGAUGAUGAGGUGUCUGACUGGUCCAUGGACGUUGACAGCCCCACUUUUGAGGACCCGGUUAUGAUUUCUGAUGAAGAUUCACAGCCCGAACCUGUGGUGCUAAAGAAGAACAAGGUUCAGCGCACAACGUCAUUGACGUCUGUAUCUGUUGCUUCCGCUGCUGACAGCAAGCCACCUGCUCUCAAGAAGGCCAAGAUCGAAUCAUCUCUUAUACAUGCCCGCAACACUCCUGCUAUUGAACGCCUGCUGAAUGUAGACACUGCGCCAGAUCGCAUGAAGCCUCGUAGCGCCUAUCGUAACGUUGACUUACCUGCUAUGAUGCAGGUGGACCAGCGCUGGACAAAGAAGUAUCUACCUACCGUCAUGUUGUGGGCUGGGAGUUAUGAGGAUAUCUGGACCAUCCCAGAUGAUGUCCUUCUCCUUCACGCCCAGCUCAUUUUGAAUGUGGUAUACAAGGAACUUAACAUCACUAUCGUUCAUGGUGGUGUGAUACACUCUCUCCGCAGCGACUUUUUGACGCGAAAUUCCGACUGUGAUCCUGUUGAACUUGCCAAGUCUUUGGUCACCGGCUACGCAUUCCUGUUUGAAAAUCCUGAUGACCCAAAUCCCCUCACAGUGUACCGCUCUCCCUUUGUUUUGCAGCUGUUGGGUACUGCGCAUCUCAAUGCCAUCAAUGGCUAUGUGGAGGUUCCCAAACUCGACAUGCAUGCACUCGCAACGUGUGGGAUGUCAGGCGUUAUUUCCCUUUCUGCUGCAGCAAUUGAGUGUGCCCUCAAUAUGUUCGCAAAGAAGCAUUUGAAAGUCAAGGAGGUCUUAGCAGCUGGCUCAGGUAAACUCACUAUCAAGCUACCAAAAGUCCUCAACAAAGCUACUGGGAAGAUGACCAACGCCCCAUUCCUAUUUUCAAGGGCUCGCUGGACUAAAGCGACCAAGUCGUUCACCAAGUCCCUCUCGAAAAAGCCUGCGGGAUACAUAGAGAUGAUGAUACAGAUGGCGCGUGCCUGUACUGCAUUGAAUGAUGCGACGGAUACACCCCAGGGCUCAUUUGAUGAUGAGCGCGCUAUGCUUUGUAAGUCGUUAUCAUUCAGGUUUCAUCUCACUGACAUCGCGACCUCAGGAUUUGUCUAUUUGUUGCGUCUGCACCAUUUCCACUAUCCUACGUUCGACAAACUCUGGCUGUCACUACAGGCUAUCAUCUUCAAGUUGUUUUGCUGUCAUUUUUAA